GUGAUAGUGUAAACAUAAACAAAACACAAAACUAAUAAAAAUAAUAAUAAUUUACAGGAAAAAGAUACGGCAUUUAAAUGUGGCUUAAAUUCGUUUUAGGAUUACUCCUGGCCUAUUUGUACUUUUUUGUGUUCAAUGAUAAGCAAGAAGCACCUGCAAGAAAAGAAAAAACAUGUAGUGCCGGUAGUGCUGGUGGUGGUGGAGCCAGACGCAUUGACAGCAAAUGGUUGAUUCCACCAAAUGUCGAGGUGCCACAACCGCCAUCCAUGUCAACAUUGCAUGUCUAUUCGGAUGCGGCGGUGUGUUCCGACAAAGCCGUCUGCAGUAAUAUUGGCAAAACUUUACUCCAGCAGGGUGGAAAUGCCAUUGAUGCUGUGAUUGGAACGCUACUUUGUAAUGGCCUGGUGACCAUGCAAAGUAUGGGUUUGGGUGGAGGAGUUAUAAUGACUUAUUAUGAAAGAGAAUCACAAAAAUCCUUUAGCAUAAUGGGUAGAGAACGAGCUCCGGGAAAACUCAAAGAAGAACUAUUAAAAACAUUUGAGAAUUCGGAAAAUUUGGCCCAAUCUCCAUUGGCCAUUGCCGUACCUGGAGAGGUGGCUGCCUACUAUGAAGCCCACAAAAGAUUUGGAUCCCUGCCAUGGCAAUAUAUAAUGCAACCCACAACGGAGUUAUGUAUAGAAGGUUAUACAUUGACACGACAUCAGCGCGAUGCCUUGUUCCUUAAUGAGCAACGAGUUCGCAAAGAUCCUCUGCUGCGUCAAAUGUUUGUAAAUCCAUCAAAUCAACAAUUUUAUCGCGAAGGAAGUCACAUUGAUAUACCUCAGGAAUUAUGUACCACUUAUAACAUGCUAAUGCAGGAUGGGCCUUCAACAUUUUACAAUGGUACCUUGGCCUCGUUAAUUGUGGAAGAUUUGAAUGAAAUGGGUUGCCCCAUAACCACGGAAGAUCUAAAUGGUUAUCAAGUGGAUGUAGUUGAUUCGUUAAGAAUUGAUAUCGAUGAUUUCGUUCUACAUGUGCCUUCACCUCCAGCCAGUGGUCAUAUUGUGGCCUUUGUAAUGCAAAUUUUGAAACCAUUUAAAAAGUCCUUUGUAAAAUUAUUGGAUUUCCGUGAUGUCGAUAUUCAUCGCAUUGUUGAGGCGUUGAAAUAUGGGUUCGUCAAACGUUGGGAAUAUGACACGGAAGUUGAUAAAGAGGUUUUGAGUGACCUUCUAUCACUGGACUAUGCCAAAAACAUAUCACUUUUCAUAAACGAUAUAAAGACUUUUGAUGACCCCUCGCAUUAUGGAGCAAGUGUGGAUCUUAAGUAUACACCAGAUUAUGGUACGGCUCAAAUUUCCGUUCUGGCCCCCAAUGGGGAUGCAGUAUCCGCAACGAGCUCCAUUAAUUAUUAUUUUGGCAGCGGUCGCAUGGGGUCUCGUACGGGUAUACUCUUCAACAAUGCCAUGUCAGAUUUCACCGUUAAUGGCCUGAGAAACUACUUUAAUUUACCAAAUGUGCCGAAACGCAAUAGAAUCAAACCUCACCUACAACCUAUGUCUUCCAUUGCACCGCUCAUUGUGACACACAAAGAAAGCGGAGAUGUUCGUUUAGUGACCGGUGCUGCCGGAGGGUCUCGUAUUAUUUCGACAUUAGUACAAAUAUUGAUACGCAUUCUAUGGAUGGAUAAAAAUAUUAAACAGGCAAUUGAUUUUGCUCGAUUCCAUCAUCAGCUGUUACCGAAUACCUUGGAAUAUGAAUUCGGCAUUUUACAGCAGGUGGUUGAAGAUUUAGAGGCACGAGGCCAUGCAACAGAGAGGGUGCGUCAUAAGAACACCGCUGUUUGUGGUGUGGAAAAGGUAAAGGGUGCUGUCUUGGCCAAUGUGGACUAUCGUAAGGAAGGCGGAGUGGAUGGUUUUUAGAGAUUAUUUUUCCUAAUAUGUUUCGUUGCGGCCGCUUAUAAUUCUUUGAAUUUUGCCCUUAACAUCAUUGAUAAGUGGAAAACUUCCCCGGUUAUUAUAAUCAUGAAUCCCGAAGCCACAUUGAUUACCAAUGACCCAU